UCAAGGUGGGGCCUGCAGGUGCCGCAUCACUUCCAGUCGAAUCCUCCGCUCUUCUUAAAACUGCUGUCCCCUCUGCGGCCAGGUGAUUGACUGUCUGUUCUCUGGGGACGCGAUGAACUUUAAGCUGCCAUUCCUUCUGCUGCUGGGUCAGCUGCUUUGUGGGAGCCAAGCCCAGAGCUCAGCUGACUGUGGUAGGCCCGUGUUCAGCAGUCGGAUUGUGGGUGGCACGGCGGCAGUCAACGGAGCCUGGCCGUGGCAGGUGAGCCUUCACCUGGAAGGAAGCCACAUCUGUGGUGGAUCCCUCAUCAGCAAUGACUGGGUGAUGUGUGCCGCCCACUGCUUUGAAAACACUCUCGACCUCUCCUUGUAUCAAGUGUACUUGGGCCUUUACGACAAUGUGGACCCGCCGAGCUCCAGCACGGUGAUUCGCAACUUGGCCAAAGUGUUUGUGAACCCAAAUUACACUUCAGCUGAACAAGGAUAUGAUAUUUCUCUCAUAAUGCUGGAUCAACCGGUCAACUACACGGAUUACAUCCUCCCGGUGUGCCUUCCUAGUGCCACCUCAAACUUCACUGGUCAGAACUGCUGGGUGACUGGAUGGGGUUACGUCCAAGAAAAUGUUCCUCUUGCAAGUCCAGACGCUCUUCAGCAAGUUCAGGUUCCGAUAAUCAGUAACCAGCUUUGUGAUAUGAUGUACCACAUCGGCACAGGGAUCAGUCUCAGCAGCCAGAUCAUCCUAAGCGACAUGAUGUGUGCAGGUUACACCCAGGGAGGAAAAGACUCGUGCCAGGGUGAUUCUGGUGGCCCCCUGGUCUGCAACAGUACCAACGGGUCCUGGGUCCAGGCUGGCAUUGUAAGCUGGGGUGACGGUUGUGCGCAGGCACUCAAGCCGGGCAUCUACUCUCGGGUCUCUUCCUUCCUCGGCUUCAUCGAGGCCGUCGUCAAUGGGACGGUCAGUCCCUCAGCAACCUUGGCUAUGUCGGCAGCGGCAAGAGGGCAAGCGUUAUCCUCCAUGCUGGUCGUGCCUGUGGUGGCCGGAUGGUUCAUUUCCGCCGGCAGGGCAGGGUAACCCAGGUACCCAUUUUCUCCUUCUUUAUCGAUGGGACUUGGAGCUGCUUUUAUUGAGCCACUAUGCCGUCUUUGGUGUGUAACUACACUCACUCGCGUCACAAGGAUCUACCUUCAUCAGUUUCUUAAAUCUGAAGAUUUACUUGUUUUAAAUGUGUUAAUUUAUUAAGGAAAAAAAAAAAUUCAGGGCUGUUGGCAAAGCCACUCAAAGUAUGGACACUGGACUAAUCUCCAGAAACUCGAGCCUUGUCAUCCGAGCCGGAAUGAUGCAAUGACCGACCCAUCUGUGCGACAUGAGGAGCAAAGGAGCCAAAGCUGGAGGGGCUUCUGUCACCCCCUGUAAAGUGCCUUUAUAAAAUGGACGUGUCAGUGCCCUCCGUGUCGACCAGGUGUACAGAUGGCGGCACACUUCCUCGGGGGGGGGGGG